AUGUUUAGAAGCUUACCAGGACUUAGACAAUCCAUUUUGCGUGCCAGUAAGGCACGUCCCAUGGGCUUUAUAAGAUGCCAAAGUCAACAAGUAAAAAAACCCAAGAGUAUAAAAGAAUUGAUGAGCACUUAUGGUUACUCUGCCCUUGGUGUCUACCUCGGUCUUUCCCUAAUUGAUUUACCACUCUGUUUCUUAAUGGUACAUUCACUUGGUGAAGAGACCAUUAGCGUAUAUUUGAACAAGUUUAAACAAGCAUUUGGAUUUGGUAAAAGUGAGGAUGAAGUAAUUAGGGAGGUACGUGAUAAAAUGGCCCGUAAACAAGAUGAGGACAACUCACAAGUACAACGUUCAUGGUGGCAAGAAUUUAAGCAAAGUACGCUUUUGGCUGAAUUCUUAAUCGCAUAUGGGAUUCAUAAAUCUCUAGUCAUUAUUCGUUUACCAAUUACCGCUGCCAUUACACCACCGACUGUCAGUUUAUUACAAAAAUGGGGGUUCAACAUUGGACCUCAAAUGUUCAAGACAAUGUCCAAAGAUGCAAGUAUAAGAUAUAAGGGUGGUAACCCCAAGGAUUUUAUCAAACCCACAAGUAAUACCCAACCGCCAAGGAACCCUCAUACGAAGGGUCAAAAGUGGUUUAACGGAAUGAUGUGA